CGCCGCGGUUUCCCGUCGCCUCGGUCUCAUUCCUUCGCGGUUCGUCGGCACCGCAUGGUUUUGUGCUCGGUCUCAAUCUUAUUGCAGAUCAUCUGUAAAUCAGUUAUGGCGGAUAACAAGGAGCGCACCUUAAUCCUAGUCAAGCCGGACGGCGUGCAGCGCGGCCUGGUCGGUAAGAUCAUCCAGCGCUUCGAGGAGAAAGGCUUCAAGCUCUUGGCGACGAAGAUGGUUUGGCCUACUGAGGAACAUCUGAAGAAACACUAUGCCGAUCUGGCAACGAAGCCCUUCUUCCCUGGUUUGGUCAAGUACAUGAGCUCAGGACCAGUCGUAGCGAUGGUCUGGGAAGGUUUGAACAUUGUAAAAACGGGUCGCGUGAUGCUGGGCGAGACAAAUCCGAUGGAUUCGGCUCCCGGCACCAUCCGUGGCGACUAUUGCAUACAUAUCGGCCGUAACAUCAUUCACGGCUCUGAUUCCGUCGGGUCUGCCAUAAAAGAGAUUGAUCUUUGGUUCGGAGAGAAGGAAGUGAUCAACUGGACGCAUGCAUCCGACAAUUGGAUUUACGAGUAAAGAUCCGUGCACGUGACGAUUCCUCCAGAAGAUGAUGCCGUCUCUUUACAAAUCCAUCUCAUUAGAGAGUAUUCCUCAGCCCGCAUUACCAGAACUUUGGGUAGGCGAUUCAAACUACUGAAGGUGUGACUGACGUUUGUUUGAAAAUAUCUACCGAGAAACUUGUUAAGAAUAAAUAAAUUGUCAAACUCCA